GGCCUUCUUUGCUGAGGAAAAGAAUCCUCCCUGGUUCUGAACGCCUCGUUUCCCAGCUUAAGGACCCGCUUGGAUGCCAGCUUGUCAACCCUUCGCCACGAGAUGUGGGCCUUGCAGGCUGAAGGCACAGAGAUAGGCAGCCGCAACGGCAUCUUGCAGGCGGAGAUGGCCCAGUGGCAAGAAGAGGUGGCCGGGCUUCAGCAGCGGUUGGAGGCCGCCCAAGGAGAGCAGGAGGCUGCCAAGGCAGAGAAGCAGCACUGCCAGGCCCAGCAAGGUGCCCUCCAGGAGAGCGUGCAGAGCUACUUGGCUGAGAUCGCCUCCCUCCGGCGCCAGCUUGGAGCCCGCUCCUCCACCCGCCGCAGGUGCCAUCCGUUCCGGUACUUAUUGUGGGGUCUGGCGAGCUUUUGCGUUAUGUUCGUGCUUGAAGGGCUGAAAAUCUUCCUCUAGAGGAAUUUAUCAGAGCCUUUGAAGAGGAGGAAUUGAAAGGCAGUUUUAUCACCUCUUUUUUCCGUCCAAAACUGGAACUACCGAUUUAAACACACACUAGACUCUCUUGUGCUUUGGGGGAAAACAAGGGCCUCUGAGGGAAACGGCUCAUGAGGAAAGAAUCAGAUAUGUUAGGCUGUAAUUUCA